UUCAUGUCCUUCUUGCCUCCUAAGCAGCCCUGGAACAUCCCCCCUCCCCACCCCACGGCAUUAACUCCUGUCACUCGCCAUUCUCUCAGUUGAUAUGUUCAUCUUUUGCACUCCUCCGAACUCCAAAAGUUUGCAAGCUCUUUGAACGCUCUUUCAGGGAUUGAUCCGGUAAGAAAAGAAAAAAGCACCGAUGUUACCCAUGUCGCAGCGCUGUCUGUAUCUAAUGAAACCAGCAGCGGGAGAACAACGACUACCCCUGCUGAAUUUCAAAGAAUUCUCCAAGGUCAGCAUUCGAUUUAAAUUAUAUUCUUAGCUGGCUACUUUCCUCUCCCCUGCAGGAAGGUGGGCAUCCAGAGGCUUGGAGAGAACACAAGCAGAGGCGAGAGCACAGAGGGACACAGAGGCUUUCCUUGGAGACACAGUACAUUUCAGAAAGAAACGUCCCCUGAUACAGCUAUAUGCUUUAAUGAGGCUCUGUGUUGCACGCUGUAGACGUCUCGCUAUUUGCCGCAUGCAAAAGACAAGCCACAGCAAACUGGGAAAGGGGUGUGUGGGAAGCCACAGCUGGGAUCCCUUCCUCUUCCUGUCUGCAAAGGCAGGGUGGAUCCAUUGCUUGCGGUACUCGCCUCCGUCUCCCCGCCUUGCCUAUUGGUUCGCUGCGUUGAUGCUUCCUCCUCCCCUUGGAAAGAGCCACUCAGUGGGUUGAUGGAUGUGAUGUUGCAUGCUAGGAUUGGCCAUUCCAAGUGCCUGAAAGAGAAUCUUCCAAGUCCCGUUCAAAGCUCCACCCACGACGUUACUACUGACUAACAACUGUUCAUGUGAACACUCGCUUGUGCAAAAGAUUCCAUCUUGGCUUUCUUCUUGUGGCCUCCUGUUCUAUGCAAGCUCUGUUAUCUUUCUCCAGGUGUGGUUUCUGGGUCUUUUGAUGAAAGUUUGGCACUUUUAAGGCAUUAGAGAUCUGGAGCUGUUUGCAGUUUGGUGCUCAUUCUUUGUUGACUAGGCCAAAGCAGAAAUGCCACAUACCCCUCGCCAGCGCUUGCAGCCUCGAGCUCCAGUUUGGUCAGAGAAGGAAACCCGGGAUUUCCUUGCCCUUUGGGGUGAACUUUUGAUUCUCAGGUGGAUCGAAAACCGCCCCCCAAACAGCGACAUCUAUGAGGACCUCUCUGCCCAAAUGGUUGCCAGGGGUCAUGAGCGCAACGCUUCACAGUGUAGGAACAGGGCCCGGGAUCUGAAGCGAAGUUAUCGGAGGGCCAAGGAUGCACAAGUAUGCGCUGGUGCAGAGCCAGUUUCCUGUCGCUACUUUCGAGAGCUGGAUCAGAUGUUUGGCGGUGAGAUGGAUGGAGUAGCCAACCGAAGCCUGCCGAACAUGGAUGGGUCCACCCGAGUUGUUGUGAAAACUGAAGAUGCGGAAGACAUGGAGGCCCAAGGCUCUGAAGAAGAGGGCAACCAAAUGACCCCACCCAACACCCUCUCGAGCAUGGACCCCGACACGGACACUGAAACAGAACCGAAUUUGGGACUCUCACGAGAGCUGGUGGCCACUGACCCAGAUGUGAUUGAAACCAGAAUAGGGGAGGAAUGUCCCGAAGACAAAGCAUUGCCUUUAUAUGGACAACCAGUUGCUGGCCCCAGCGAAGAUGGACACCAUCCUGUUACUGGCAGAGGCAGGCGAGAUAAUCCCCUGGGGCGCCCCCUGACAACAGCAGAGAGGAUGGCGUCCAUGCGGGAGAGGAAGAGGCGGUCUCAUGAAGAAAUGAUGCACGAGAUCAUGACUGACUACCGGAGGACCUGGGAGACCAUGGAGGCGCUCCACGAGAGGGGCGAAAUCAGCGCAGGGGAGUUCCGGGAGGCCAUGCUGAGGGAAAUGCUUCUGGACAGGGAAGCCAGGACACGGGAGGCCCAACUAGAUCGUGAAGCAAGGGCUAGGGAGGCCCAGUUGGAUAGAGAGGCGAGGGCCAGGGACAACCAGCUGGAGAGGGAGAUUAGGAUUAAGGAGCUCAACAUGAUUGAGGCAGAGCUUCAGCGCACCAGGGAUAUCCUCCAUCCCAUGGUUGAUGCCGUGGUGUCUGUUGCAGAGGCCUUGCGUGCGACGGGCAGUAUACAACGGCAGCCUCGCCAGACACAGCAAAGUGGAGCGGGUACCUUUUUGGAAUUGGAGGGUAGCAAAUAAUUCCCCACCCCCUUUUUUUGGCAGCAGUAUAUAUAGUUGGACAGAAGGAGGGGAUAGCAAGAAGGAGACGGAGUGAGAAAAUGGCUCCCUCAGGAGUUCUAAACACUACAAAUAAGCUGCGUUAUUCUUCAGGAAGUUUCCUCUUGCCUUGUAACAACAAGCUCAGCUGGAUUUUGCUUGCCUUCCGCUGCCCCAGUUUGUCCACAAGUUAGAGAUAUCAUGUAAUGUGGUGUGAUUUAAAAAAAAAAAUGGUUAGAAAAAGACUUAACCUGUUGCUCCAAAUCUGUACUUUUCCCACAGCCAAGUCAAGGACUGGGGAUUGAGCAACUUGUGUUACCUGGUGGCUGUCUCUUGGGCAAUGUUUUGCUGCACGAAAACCUUGAACGCAUAAUUCAUUUGGGUAUACCCAAACGGGAGUUUUCGGUGUUUGUACACAUGUGUAUUAUUCAUAGCUUGUUCCUUUUACCAAAUGCAGAGGAGGGACAACAGGAAAGAGCUCUCGCCUUCAAGCCUUGCUUGCAGACUUCCCAUAGGUGUGUGUCUGGUCACUGUUACAGGCAGGAUGCUGGACUAGGCAGACUGUUGGUCUGAUCCACGCUUUUCUUAAUAAGGGUGGGGCCUCUCCCCAGUAUGUAAACAGAGGGCAUGGCUUUCCUUGGAUUUAUAAUGUUUUGAGUGUGUGGGUUGAUGUGUGAUAUUGUACAGAUGGGGGAAAUUUGAGGUGUCUUGUGGGAAAGUGGCCUGAAAGCAGGGUUGUGUGGCUGUACCCUGAGGUUGCAAAGCAGGCAGUGCCGGGGAGUGGGGGGGAAGGACCUGUAGCCCACUAGAUGUUGUUAGAUUCCAACUCCCAUCAGCCCCAGACAGCAUGGGCAGUGCUCAGGGGCAAUAGGAGCUAUUGUUGAGCAACAUCUGGAAAGCCACAUGUAGUAUCCCAAGAAGCUCAUAAUUUCCUUAUUUUUGAAAGGGCACAAUCUAGGCCCAGUAAAGCACUUUUAAGUCCUGAUUAUUGCAGUGGGAGGGAGCGGUGGGGCAGAUGUGGGGAGGGUGCAUCCUUAACUUUUCCCAUUGAGAUCCUUGGACAUUUUAAAGGAAUUAACUUUGGAUGUGUUGUACCCCAAGAUUUCUAUCCCUUAAUGCUGUGGAGAUGGACUUCAGUGUAUAGCACUCAUGCCUAGAGAAUUCUCAAGAGGCCACAGGAGGGAUGAUGAGCAAGAUUCCUAGGUAUGAGCUAGGUAGGGAUCAGUGCCACACCUAGAUUUUUGCCUCUCUUGGUGACUAGCUGAAACAGAAUCAGCUGUGCUUCAUCAUCCAGCACGUUCAUUUGUUUAAUUAAUAAAGGCAAUGGACUUAUGCUUUUCAUGGCCCAGAAUAGUUGAUUCUCCUUUUUUCUUUUUAACCAAGGCUGCAUGCAUUCUCCCUCCCAGUGGGAUGGGUAAAAACCUGGGGUGCAGUAGGAAGAACAGUUAAAAAGCAAAUGGCAGGCAGCUGACUUUUAUUGGCUCACUUUAGUGCAUUAUUUGUAAGGCUGUAUGAAAUGUUCUACAUCUGUAGGGUCAGUGGUACCAUGCAAUGGUACAUGCAGCAUUUGAUCAAGUCAGAAUUUGAUAGUGUUAAGAAUUUCAGCUUAAUUUAAAAAAGAAAAACAGCCAAAAACCAAGUGUCCGGUUCUAAUAGUGGUUGCUUGGAAAUCAGUGGUUUAUGGGGGCUUGCUAGACCUUUCCUUGAACAUGGUUUUACCUGCCCUCUGUAGUUUUCCACUUCUUUUCCCCCAUGCCGUUUCCUGUCUCCCUGUCUGCCAUCUGAUUCCUUUCCAAAUCCUUUCCCACCAAAUUCAUUAAUCCUUUAAUUUUGGAGCUUACAAAAAUUAGGAAGUGGGGGCAAAUCUUUGUAAGCUGUAUGAAUGUAGUCAGAAUGCAGAAUUUGAAUUUCUGUGUAUUUGUGUGUACUUGGAUUAUUUAUCCUUUUGCGUGUGGCUGUAUAGAAUGACCACCACCCUCAAGAUUUCCUCCAGAAAGGCACUCCCCCAAGAAUGGCCCUCUGCUGCAACAUAGGCCAAGCAGCAUUAAUUUUAUAUGUUUACGGUAGACCUACAUGUUACAAAUGGCAUUCCCGUGUCAAGUUUCAUCCCUCCCCUACUGUAAUAUGUCACAUUUCUACUUUAUCUAAAGCAGUUACUGGAGAACAUGAGGAUGCUUUUGUGCUCACGUCUCUAUUUGUGGGCUUCCCAUAGAUAUCUGGCUGGCCACUGUGGGAACAGGAUGUUGGACUAGAUGGGCCUUUGAUCUGAUUCGGCUUCAGGGCCCUCCUUAUGUUCUUAAUGUCUCAAGUUCAACUUACCAAAUGUCCUGACAUGACAGUGUGUAUUUCCCCAUUCUCCCUUUCCACAACAUGUGCUUGCAGGCUGUAGAAAGCUCAUAAUAAUGGCAGCAGGAUACAGGGUGAGUAGACAUUGGUGGGGGUGAGGGGCAGAUUCAAUAACAUAGGUAGGGAUGCCUUUUUUCACCAACCCUCCUGUGCUCUUUUAAACGUUGUCCUGUCCCAAGGUGACAACAUUCCAGCCCGAUAUCCAUUUGCCAUGUUUGUACCCAUGGCCCCUUGUAUACACUGUUCAUGCUGCUAUUUGUUUGGUUCACAUGCUCUCGGGGAGUGGCAGGGGGAGAACAUCUUACUUUUAUGGACACAAUCUACUCUGACCUUUUCUGCCAGCAACACUAGGGAGUUGUAGCCACCAAUAUAGUUGGCUCGUUCAACUCAGUAUGUCAAAUACAAUCUUCUUCUGUCCCCCCUGCCCAGAUUGGUUCCUUCUCACAGCCAUCUGUCCACCAAAGGUCUCUUGCUUAUCUACUCUUUUGUGGUCAACAACACAUCACCACCACCCCUCUCUUUCAAGGACUGGUGUAAGGUUACAUUCCCCAGACUGCUUCCUUCUUGAUCUCUCAGUGCACCCUUCAGUCCAAGGAGAUAAAAUCUUUGGCCCUCCAGGUGAUGUUGGAUUCCAUCUCCCAUCAUCCCUGACCAUUAGUCAGGGCUGGCACCAGGCAUGACUGGGCCCUUGGACACCAGUCUGCUCCAGGCGCGCAGUGCCCACACACACGCCCCACCUACCUCUCCAGUUGCCUCAUAUGAAUGCUAUACAUGCUGUGCAUGCAUGCCUGCCAUCAACCUAGAUGGCAGCAGGGGUGUCAGCCCCUUAGGGAAGCCUCCGCCACGAACUUGGUUGAUGGCAGGUAUACGCACGCAGUGUGCUCAGCAUUCACAGCAUGGGAGAGGUAGGUGGGGUGUGCAUGUGGGCUUACUGAAGCCCGCAUGGUCUGUAUGGGAGGGCUGCCUGAGAGCUGCCUCUCUGCAAUCUGUGGCAGGGCUGGGAAUCCACACAGCCAUGGGUCGUGGAACGGGAGCACUACCCUCCCACCCUAGGGAGGGGCCCUUCAAGGGCCCUCAGCCAGGGCCCGACCUGGAUGUCCUCUGGCACUGGCCCUGCUAUUGGCUAUGGUGGCUGGGCCUGAUGGGAGUUCGAAUCCAACAAUAUCUGGAAGGUUGCAAGUUCCCAUUCUGCUAUAGUCCCUUUCCUCAGACUCUGACUGUUCUUCUCAUCCCCUUUUCAGAACCCUGCAUCUUAACCCACUGCUUCCUCACCACCUUUUAGCCCUGCAUAUAAGCUCUCUUCCACUUGACUUCUGACUCUCUUCCACUUGACAGUUUCCCUAUCUACUCAACCUUGUUGCCUCUGCUCCAUUUAUUUUCCUUUGUCUCUGUGUGGCCUUUCCUACUGGCCAUUCACUUCCUGCACUGCAGCUGCUUGUUUUGUUCUCUUGCUGACAUCUUCACUUUGAGCAGUUAGGUUUAUAAACAUUCUGUGAUAUCACAGCAGUUGGGCCAGUGGCUAGGAAACGUUGUCAGGUGCUAUCCAAUCCACAAGAUUUUAGUCUCAUAUGUCAUGGGAAGGCACAUCAUGCUCUCUGCGAAGAAUUGUGGUGGAAUCAACAUUCCUUGAAUCAAUACUUCACUGUCUCUUUCACUGCUUAUUGCAAAGGAGGAUAAAGAUUGGGAAGGGGGGUCAGUAAGAGACACAGGAACAAAGGCCUUUCUUUUUUGGGGGGGGGAUAAUUUGCAACCUUGGAAUUGCCCUUUCAUCAGUGGCAUGCAGUCAGCACUGACAGAACUGCCCAGGAACUUAGCUCUUACAAAGAUAUUAAACUAAUUUAGGUUUAGACUUAAUGCAGUCGAACAAUGAGACUUGCUAUCUAGUUUGUUUUUUGAAUGUGAAUAAACUGUUUUUAUCUGAACAUCUUUGUGUGAAGGAUGAUUUCCAGCACCCCAGCCACAGUUUAAGAGGUAUUAACUGUGAGCUCAAGCACAGGUUAUGUCCAGACAGCUCUAAUUUAGGGUGUAGGGUGUAGUUCUUUGAAGUGCAUCACUCAUGUUGCAGAAGAUCACUGUGUCCCAAGACACUACUAGCUAACCUAAAGAAAAUCCUGUUUCUCAGUUGCUCUAAAGCAGAAGGACUAAUUCCCUUAUGGAAGGACCCAUAGAAGAUCAGAGCAGCUAAUUUUGUGAUGGGUGGGAAUACACAGUAGGACUUUUCUAAUAAAACAGCUGCUCCAAUCUUUCACGCGUCUCUAGUGAUGUGGGUUUUCUGGGAAAUUUUGUAUGGGGAAAUGUUCUGGAUAAUUUGCAUUGUAAAAUGUUAAGAUGCCCUAGUUAAGAUGCUCUAGGCCAGUAAUGAGAAACCUUCAACUCUCCAGAUGUUGGUGAACUGUAAUUCUCUGUUGGUCAUGUUUGCUGGGGCUGAUGGGAAUUGUAGUUCAGCAACAUCUGGAAGGCCAAAUGUUCCUCACUCCUGCCCUAGAGAGUGAUCUAAUUAGCAUGUUUAUUCUACCUUAGUAAAUAAAGCUUAAACAAAAACGUUUUUUGUCCCAAUACACCAUAAAUGUUUCACCCAAAAUGUUUGAGAGAAAUUAAAGCACACUUGAAUGUUAUAUUAUGUAGAUUUUUUAAAUACUGUAAACAUUCAAAGACAAUAGCCUGUACUUACCUUACAUUGUUUAAAUUUAAGAAAAAGAUGUUAACAAUCAAUUUUAGCAACGCAAAGAACUGUGCAUUAUAUGCUGGCUCAUGUACUUACUAGGGAUAAUCACCUGAAAAACAUUGAUUACAACUUUAAAACUGCCCAGCUUGCCUAAUAUUGUACUUGCAAUUGGCAUCCAUUCAUUGUUACAAAUGAACAUAUGAAACAAAAAAAUUUCCAUUGAAAAAUAA